AUGGCGCGCCGCCGUGGCCUGGUCCUGCUGCUGGUGGCUCCGCUCUGGGCUGCAGCCUUCGUGAGCCGUUUCGCGACUUAUCCAGGUUCUCACCUCGGACGUGCCUGGAAGGUAGCACUGAGGGCCACCGGCGACCUCGUUGCGGCUGCGGGUGCAGGCAACACCAAGCAGGUCGAUGAUCUCCUGCGGUCUGGUACAGCGCCAGACGCUGUGGACAGCAAUGGCCAACGUCCGCUGAUUGCUGCCGCAGGGCAGGGGCACGUCAAGGUGAUGGAACACCUGUUGGAAGCGGGCGCUGAUGUGAAUGCUGUCAACAAGCAAAAUGCGUCGGCCCUGAUUGCCGCGGCCUUUGCUGGUGGUCUAGCGCCGCUGCGGAUGCUCUUGGCAGCCGGGGCCAACGUGGAGGCUGCAACUGCCUCCGGUGCGACGCCGCUGGCUGCUGCUGCAGAAGGCAACAAGACGGAAGUGGUGUCCGAGCUGCUGUCCGCUGGCGCAGCCGUGGAUGCUGCAGACGUUACUGGUGUCACACCUCUGCACCGCGCGGCCAUGUUCGGGCUCGUGGACAUCGUCCUGGAUCUUCUAGAGGCUGAUGCUGAUGUGGACUGUACCACAGACGCGCUGCUUACAGCCCUUAUGCUUGCAGCACGUGCGGGUCACAGCGACGUUAUGGCUGAGCUGAUCGAAGCUGGCGCCGAUAUUGAGCUUCGCGACAAGAAAGGCGGCACAGCCCUCUUCGAAGCAGCCAGGUGCGGCCAGUCAGAGGCCGCAGCGCUCCUGCUUGCCCUGGAGGCGGACGUGGACACGCAGCGCGAGGAUGGUGCCUCUCCGCUGAUGGUCGCCGCGCAGGGUGGCAAGGGUGGCGUCAUGCAAGAGCUCCUUCAGGCGAACGCCACUUUGGAACUUGCCCGCGAGGAUGGAUGUACGGCUCUCAUGUUUGGGGCCAUGUCAGGGCACGGCCCCAUCGUGGAUGUGAUGCUGAAGGCCAGAGCGGAUCCAAACAAUGUGGACAAGAACGGUGUGACAGCAGUCAAAAUCGCCAAGCAGAAUGGUCAUCCGGAUGUCGUGAGCAAGCUGCGCGCCGCCGGUGCCAGUGGCACAAUAG